UAUCUUAAGUAAUCAGGGCCACAGAUGGAGCAGAUCAGCUUGGGACGCGCCGCCCGCUGGGAGGAGUGUGUUCAGUGCGCACAGUUGGAACUCCGUGGGGCAGUGAUGUGUGAAGAAGCCACAGGGAUUUGCUCUCUCCGUGUGUGGAUUGUGAAGUCUCAGAAAUCACGCAAUGACUUGCUAAAGUUUUGUUUUUUGAAGAAAUGACUGCUGGCUGCUUUCCUGCGCGUAAAGAUGCCCCGCGCGUUAAAGUGGUUUCGUUUGGAGAAGUCCUCAAAACGCGUAUGUGUGAGUGAGUGACAGAUAAACAUGUAGCCGGAUUGUGACUCACAAACGUACAGGUGUGUAAGUCAUGGCUGAAGGAGGAAUUGGUGGCAGAAAUGCCGCAGCGUCGCUCCUCCAGACGCUCUUCCUGUCGCUAAUUUGCGCGCAGUCUCUCGGGCAGGUGUUCAACCUGACGCUGUCUGUUAAAGAGGGGUUGCCCGCUAAAACCAUCGUUGGAGAUCUUGGAGCGGGGCUGAACAGACCAAGCACUGGGUUCUUCAUCUCAGAGAGCAGAGACUCGUACGUGUUCAGAGACCUGGAAAUAGACGCGGACACGGGGAUCAUCUCCACAGCUGUGGUCCUGGACAGAGAGAGCAGGGACAAGUAUGAGUUUGUUGCAGCCACCCUCACAGGUGAGAUGAUCAGAGUGAAAAUACAGGUGAAAGAUGUGAACGACCAUUCACCUGUGUUUCCCUCCGAGGCGGUUGAUUUGGAGAUAUCAGAGUUGAGUCCACUGGGAAGUCGGUUUCAACUUCAAGGAGCGACAGAUAAGGAUGAGGGGGAGUUUGGUACCAGGGGCUACAGGAUUACAGAGAGUCAGAUGGGGGAGUUGUUCCACCUGGAUUAUCGCAGUGGUUCUGUGAAACGCAUGAGUCUGGAUCUCGUCCUGAACACCAAACUUGACAGAGAAACACAGAACUUCUACUCGCUGACCAUCGAGGCCUUCGAUGGUGGCGUCCCAGCCAGGACUGGAAGCCUUCAAGUGAACAUCCAUGUGCUGGAUGAGAACGACAACCCACCUGUGUUCAGCAGGACUGAAUACCACGUCUUGGUGCGUGAAGAUGCUGCGGUCAUGUCCUCCGUCUGUCAGGUACAUGCCACUGACCUGGACCUGGGUGACAAUGGUAGGAUCACAUAUGAGAUCAACAGGCGCCAGAGUGACCCACAUGAAGUCUUCUCCAUCAAUGAAACCACGGGGGUGGUUCACCUCAACAAGCCGCUUGAUUUCGAGACUCAGGCUUUUCACGAGUUGAUCGUCAGCGCGACAGACAACGGCGCUCAGCCUGAGUCCAGCAGCACUUUUGUGGGUGUAAAAGUGCUCAACAUCAAUGACAACAGUCCCACCAUCAGCAUCCUGUUCCUCAGCGAGUCAGGAGACGCUGUGGUGUCCGAGGCAGCGGCGGUUGGGGACUAUGUUGCCAGGAUUUCAGUGUCAGACCCUGACCUGGAGAAAGACGGGGUCACUGUCACGCUUGAAGGAGGUGAUGGAAAGUUCAACCUGAAGCAGACCGAUUAUCUUCUGUAUGCUUUGUGCGUUAACGCAGAGUUAGACAGGGAAGACAACGAUAUGUAUGAGCUCAAAGUACAAGCAUCAGAUUUUGGAAGCCCACCCCUGAGCAGCAAGACGGUCUUCUUCCUAAAGGUGGCCGACACCAACGACUGCCAUCCUGUGUUUGAGAAAGAUGCAUACAUCAUCAGCAUCUCAGAGGAUGCUCCUCCAGGGAGUUCCCUGAUCCAGAUGCAGGCCCGAGAUGCAGAUGAAGGCGUCAACUCAGACAUCAGAUACUCCAUCCUCAAGUCCAACCAGGACAGCCUGAUCAGCAUCGACCCAGAGUCAGGCCUCGUCACCACAGCUGUGAGUCUGGACAGGGAGACACAGGUGCAGGUGUGGUUUCUGGUGGUGGCUGUGGACAGAGGGGAACCAGCUCUGUCGUCUACGGCCACAGUCACUGUGCUGGUGGAGGACGUCAAUGACAACGAGCCGGUGUUCCAGCAACAGCUGUACAACGUGUCCAUCCCGGAGCACAGUGACAUCGGAAGCUGCUUUUUACAAGUUGUUGCCACAGAUGCAGACAGUCCUGAGUUUGGCACGUUGUUCUACUCGUUGUCUGAUGGUUUUGACAAACAGGACCAACACCCUUUCUUCCAAAUCCACCCGCAGACCGGAGAGCUGUGCGUCGCUCAGGAUAUCGACCGAGAUACGGGACAGACCAUACAUGAUAUUCUGAUCAAAGCUGAAGACCCUGGAGGCCUGAGCGCUCAAACCUACGUGCACAUUGAGAUAGAAGACCUGAACGACAACGCUCCAGUGUUUAACCCUGAUGAGUACACCGUGAGCAUCAGCAGCCACGCACAGCCCGGCACGGAAAUCCUCAACGUCAUCGCUACCGACCGAGAUUCUGGCUCAUUUGGACACGUCACCUAUGAUACCGUCCCUGGUGACGAGUCCAGUUUAUUUACUGUGGAUAAACAAACAGGAACGCUCUUCCUGACCUCCACUCUGACCCGUCUUGGAGCAGCCAGUGUGAAGCUGCGAGUCACGGCACAGGACGGAGGGGGACGGACGUCAGUCAGACCUGCCGCAGUCACCGUCAACAUCCUACGCAGCGCUCACGCUCCAGCUGUGUUCCAGAGGUCACGCUACACCUUCACUCUGCCGGAGGACACACCACCAGGGACGCCUGUGGGCACAGUGGUGGCCACACACCCAGCAUACUCGAAGGAGUCUGUGUCCUACAGAAUCUCCUCUGGUGAUCCUCUGGGUUUGUUCUCCGUUCAUCCCAAAUCCGGCCUGAUCAGCAGCGUCAAACCUCUGGACCACGAGUCGCAGUCGUGCGCUCUGCUGGUUCUUCAGUCCUACACGGACACGUCUCCGGUGUACAGCACCACACAAGUCAACGUCACUAUCGCCGACGUCAACGACAACGCCCCCGUCUUCCCCAAGCGCGCCGACACCAUCACUGUGUCCCAGAACACUCUCCCAGGAACUGUGCUGUUCAUCGCUCACGCCCACGACUAUGACAGCGGCGCCAAUGGGCGGGUGCACUAUUACCUGAAAAGGGGCAAACUUGGUUUGUUUGUUGUGGACUCCAACCUCGGGACAGUGACUUUAAACCAGAGUUUACAGGUGGAUCACCAGCAGAGGUAUGUCCUGGAAAUUGUGGCUAAAGAUGAAGGAGAGCUGCCCCUGAGCGCCACGCUGACCCUCACUGUCAACGUGGACCGCACCGCGGCUGAGGACAGCCUGGCGUUCGAGACGUUAGUCUACCAGGUGGAGAUAGGCGAGGGAUACCGCAAAGAUUCCAGGGUCAUCCAAGUGAGAGCGCACCGCACUCGUGGAGCUCACAUGUCCAACUCGGGUCUGACCUACUCCCUGGAGGCAGAAGCUGGCUUCCCUCCUGCUCCGUUUCGAGUUCAUCCAAAGACAGGAUGGCUGUAUCUUUCCCGCAACCUGGACUACGAGACUGAAUCCACGUAUCGCUUUCGAGUGUCGGCCACAGCCCACGACGCCUCCCUGGUUAACACAACAGUGACAGCCACGGUGACUGUGCUGGUGCUGGACAUCAAUGACAACGCUCCGGUGUUCAGCACUGACGUCUACUACUUCACUGUAUCGGAGGGGUCGUCACCUCAAGGCCUGGUGGGAACGGUCAAAGCCGUGGAUAAGGAUUCUGGGAAAAAUGCCCAGCUGUCCUACAUCCUGCUGUCGGAUGGGAAGUUCUUCCGCAUCAAUACUAAAACAGGUGAAAUUAUGAACUGGGUGGCGUUGGACAGGGAGCAGCACAGCCAGCACAGCCUGAAGGUGAUGGUUACAGAUCAAGGUCGCCCUCGUCUCAACGCCACGGCCACCGUUCACAUCCUGGUCAAUGACGUCAAUGACAACGCUCCACAGUUUAUGCACCUGCCUGCCAGCAAGGAGAUGAACGUGCAGAUUUGGGCUGGUCUUCCAUCAGGAUCCCUAGUGGCAAACAUGUUUGCCAAAGAUUUGGAUGCAGGAGAAAAUGGGACCGUUACCUUCUCGUUGAUCACAACUGAUUUUGAGCGCGAUGGUCUUGGACACUUUGAGAUUGACAGUAAAAACGGUGAGAUCAGAACAACAGAGCUUUUCACCCAGAAUGCUGAACCACACUACACUUUUCAAAUUACCGCCAAGGACGGUGGAGACGAUCCUCAGGAGGACACGGCAGUCAUUCAUGUACAGAUAAAUAAUCAACAUUUGAACAUUCUGCAGGUCCACAGCUUAGAGGCUCUGCAUGGCCUCUACACUGACCGUCACAUUGUGAAACACUUCACAGUGCGAGAGGACGCAGACCCGGCGACUGUCAUCGGCUCCGUCAGUGUCUCAGAUAAAGGAAAGUUCCACUAUUCCAUUUCUGAGGGCGACGGAAGCGUUCACUUUGGCAUCGACAGCUUUUCCGGUGACAUUUACGUCAACCGGCCGCUGGACUACGAGUCCACCACACAGUACAUUCUCAUGGUUGAAGCUGAAGACGCGGGGCUCGCUCCUGGCGUGAACAUGUCAGUACUGGUCAGUGUGAUCGUGGAGGAUGUGAACGACCACACGCCCUGGUUCCCUGAUAAGCUGGUGACGUUCGGUCUGACAGAAGACACCGCCGUCGGAUCGCUGGCUUUUGCUUUUAAUGCCAGAGAUGCUGAUGGGACGUUUUCUAACAGCGCCCUCUGCUACACUCUGACCUUUGACCCUGAGGUUAGCCGCUCAAAAUCAUACUUCCCCUUUCAGAUCAACCCUCACACAGGGAGUCUGACUGUCGCGGCACCUUUAGACCGCGAGACCACGGCCAGCUUUGCCUUCACCGUCACAGCCACCGACCAGGCGAAGAAGACAGAGGAGCGUAAGCAGGCGUCAGUGACAGCUCAGGUCUUUCUGCUAGACGUGAACGACAACCGACCGGUGUUCAUAUCAGCGAACACAGUCCAGGUGAUGGAGGACACCGAGGUCGGGAGUCUGCUGCAUCACUUUGUGGCCAUAGACAGAGAUAAAGGUGAAAACGGACUCAUCUCCUACUUCGUCAUAGCUGGAAACAAGAAUGGAUUCUUCACAUUGGAGGAGAGAACAGGUCUUUUGUUUCUCUCGGCCCCUCUGGACUACGAGAGACAGCGUCUCCACCGCCUGACCAUCCGUGCCGUGGACCACGGCCUUCCCUCGCUUUCCUCCACCCAGACUCUGACAGUGGAGGUGGAGGACGUGAACGACCGGCCGCCUGUCUUCAGUCAGAGCGUCUACGCAGCUGUCGUGGAGGAGAACAGAGACCCGGGGGAACCGGUGGUCAGAGUCUCUGCCACGGAUGAGGAUUCGGAGGAGAACGCCGUGUUGUGGUAUAGUCUGCUGCCGGGCCCAGGCUACGAUCUCUUCAGCAUCAACCCUUACACCGGUCUCAUCACCACCACCUCCUACCUAGACCGAGAGCAGCAGCAGGGCUACACCCUCAGGGUCCAGGCUUGUGAUAGCGGUGUAAGGCCUCUCACCGCCACCGCCACGGUGCAGUGCUCGGUGCUGGACGACAAUGACAACACUCCAGAGUUCAUGCAUUCAUCCUUCCAGAUCAGCCUGCCAGAAAACCUGCCCCCCGGAGUCAUCCACACUGCUCAGGCCUCAGAUCCCGACCACGGGGAAAAUGGAACUAUACACUACUCAAUAUUGGGUGAAGACUACAGAGGUCGCUUUACCAUCAACAGUCACACAGGCGCUCUCAGCACCACGCAGGUCCUUGACCGCGAGGAGAGGCAGAACUACACACUCAGCAUACAGGCCCGUGACUAUGGCCCCGUCCCACUCAGCUCCACCACAGAGAUCCAGCUGGUGCUGCUGGACCAGAACGAUAACGUCCCCUCUUUCCUCAGCAAGAGCUACCACGCCUCCAUCAGCGAGGGCUUACCUGCCGGAACGGAGGUCCUGUGCGUCACCGCCUUCGAUCCAGACGAUGGUUCAAAUGGUGACAUAACCUAUUCGCUGACGGACGACAGCAGCCAGGGGGCGUUUUCUGUAGACGUUUUCACAGGAGUGAUCCGCACCACCAGAGCUCUGGACAGAGAGAGCCGGGCUCAGUUCACCCUCAGAGCUGUUGCUACAGACGGUUGCACCCAGGGACCACAGAGCUCCAUGGCAUAUGUGACCAUACAGGUGGAGGACGUGAAUGACAAUGUGCCAGUCUGUGACCAGAAUCCCAUGAAUGCGUGGGUGUCCAUGACAACUCUACCAAACCAGAUAGUUACCACUGUGUUGGCGACAGAUGGUGACCACGGUGAGAACGGAACAAUACGUUAUACGUUGACUGAUGAAGAAAAUCUGUUUGACAUCAACGCCGAGUCCGGAGAGAUUUCACUGAGGAGACGAAUGAGGGCAGGUUUCUCGGGGAGGAAGCUGCAGGUUGUGGUUUCAGACCAAGGACGUCCAGCUCUGACCACUACCUGCUUGGUUUUUGUCCACCUGAAAGGAGAACAUGAAGGACUCAAGUUCACAAACCUCGUCUACAACACUACUGUCAGGGAGAACAGUAGAGCAGGCACUUGGAUUGCUAAAGUGGAGGCCAGUGACCAAACCAACAGCAGGCAGAGGAUAACCUACACCAUAUUCAGUGGCAACGAGAAUCACAUUUUCUCCAUUAACCGUCACACAGGUGAGAUUCGGGUGCAGAAAGAUAAUUCCCUGGACUUUGAGGUGAAUCCCCAGAUCCAGCUGGUGGUGCUGGCUGACAGCGAGCUGCAGACGGCUCACUGCAGGGUCUCCAUCACGCUGCUGGACAUCAAUGACAAUGCGCCGCUGUUUGAACACAGCAGUUACAGGACAGCUGUCUGGGAGGGGCAAGUGCAUAACACCUACAUUAUGCAGGUGUUUGCGUCUGAUGCAGACAGCGGCAUCAAUGGGCAGAUCGAGUAUUCAAUUGUGUCCGGUAACAACAAUGAAGCAUUCAUCUUGGACUCUGUGCGAGGGAUCCUCGCUACCAAUGUUUUACUGGACCGUGAGAUCACCCCAUCAUACAAGCUGGUUUUGCAGGCGACAGACAGGGGGAACCCUCCGCUCAGCAGCAGCACCACCAUCAGGGUUCAAGUGGUGGACGUGAAUGACAACAGCCCCACCAUACCUCCCAUGGAGACUGUGGUUAUAGCAGAGAAUCUGCCCGCAGGUUACAUGGUGACCCAGGUGAUAGCGAACGAUGUGGACUUGAACUCCGCGAUCACCUACAGUUUUUCAGACAACAGUAGCACCAACAGCCCCUUUGCCAUUGACAGAUAUACUGGUGUGGUCACACUAACACGAGCCCUGGACUACGAGGAGCAGACAGAGUAUACACUGACAGUUUGGGCAUCUGACUCCCUCCACCAGACUUCUGGGGAGGUCAGAGUUCAAGUGCUUGACGUCAAUGACAAUUCUCCUGUCUUCAGCCAGGUCUCCUACCAGGUGGAGCUGUCAGAGCUGGUCUCAGCUGACACACUGGUUGUGUCAGUGUCUGCUGUGGACAGAGACUCUGGACUCAAUGGCAAGAUCAGCUACAGACUGUUUUCAUCUCCUUUACAAGGCUUUUACAUCCUGGCAGAAAAUGGAUCAAUUUUCACCAACAAGCCCCUCAAGACCAUCACAAACAGCAACCUAAUCCAUCUUCUGGUUGAAGCAAGAGAUGGAGGCAAUCCUGUACACUCCACUGUCACCUCCAUUGAUAUACUGAUUCUUGACACCAACGAUCAUCCACCGUUGUUCCACCAGGACAUUUACACCUUCACCAUCUCAGAGGACACUCCCACAGACACCACCCUUUUGACUCUGUCUGCAGAGGACCAAGACUGGAGCCCUGAAAACACCCAUAUGGACUAUGCCAUCAUCAAGGGAAAUGAGGAAAAACGCUUUUGUUUGGAGGUAAAAUUGAGUCAAGUUGAGAAUCAGUUGAAGAAUGUAGGAAAACUGGUUCUGUGUAACCCUUUAGAUCGUGAGACCACAGACAGCUACACAUUAACGGUGACUGUAUCCGACAGAGGAACACCUCCAAUGAACAGCUCUGCUGUUGUUAUGGUGAUGGUGACGGACUGCAACGACAAUGCACCUGUCUUUUCCAGCGCAGAAUAUCAUGCACGCUUGAGUGAAAACAGUCUAGUAGGCACCAGUUUGGUUCAGGUUAGUGCUCAAGAUCUCGACUUGGGAACUAAUGGCCUGGUGCGGUAUGACAUUAUAUCUGGGAACACCAAAGGCCACCUCAAGCUUGACCCUCAGUCUGGUCUUCUGGUUGUCAACCACUCACUUGACUAUGAGGAAGACUCAAAAUACACCCUUACUAUUAGAGCAUCUGAUGGCGGUGAAUUACCUGAAGAACAUAAUGUUGCUUUUGCAGUUGUCUUCAUCACAGUGUUGGAUGAAAAUGACAACUCUCCAUACUUCAUGUUCCCUGCACUUAACUGUUCUGUGAUGGAGAAUCUUCCAGCAUUUACCCACACGUGUUCGGUCCUUGCUAUUGACAAUGACUCAGGCCAUUAUGGCCAGCUCACUUACUCAAUUAUAUCUUCCUGCUUCAUGGACUAUGGCAGUGGCAGCCCAGAGAGAAAGGAUGCUUUUGGCAUUGACCCCUUCACAGGCAAUAUUCACACCAAACAGACCUUUGAUUUUGAACGGGAGAGUGAGUACUGCUUCAUGGUGGAGGCCAGGGACAAAGGCGACAAAGCAGCUACAGUCAGAGUGCAGGUGACCAUCAAGGGAGUGGAUGAGUUCAGUCCGGUCUUCACCCAGAAGCAGUACCACUUCCUACUGCCAGAAAAUGUCAGGCCUGGAGAGACAGUCGGUUACGUGAUGGCAAUGGACCACGAUGGAGGGGUGGAUGGGAUGGUGGAGUACUCCUUAGUCAACCCGUCACCAUUUUUCUCACUAAACAAAACCAUUGGUGCCAUCUUUGUAUCAGGUCAUGUAUUUCGCCAAAGAGGCCAUGCCAGUGAGGAUAUGGUGGAGCUGCUUGUUUCUGCAGGUAGUCCAAGAUUGGGUUCUAAAUCUACCACCUGCCUGGUUUUUGUCAACAUCUCCAGUUCAGCAGAAGCACUUACCGGGCUUCCCCUUGAUACACACAUGCUCAGUCUAACUGUCUCAUUGACUACAUUCCUCAUUGUUGUUGUAAUUUUUGUGGGCUUGGUUCUUAGGUGCAAGCUAAAACAGGCUGCGAUAAAAAAAGCGGCUGCCAUUGCAACAAACUUGAACUGUGGUUCAGGCUCGUUGGGUAGAUCCACUAGCUUUAUGCAAAGUUCGAAUUCUCUUCAAGUGAUUAAACGGCCCAGCAUUGUGGUGACGAAGAGGGACAUAUCAAACCCAUACAAUCAGUCAGACUCCAGCGGUCGUGGAUCGGCAGAAGGUGAAACAGCUGAGGACCAGGAGAUCAAGUGGAUUAAUAAAUUCUCUUGCCAUAAAGUAGAUGAAUAUGUGAACAACAACCAGAUCAUGGAGAUCCCAGAUUCUGCCUUACCGACAGACAAUAUCUCCUGCAACUCCAUCGAAAUGGAGCCGGAGUACAUUUUAUCAGUUAAUAAAUGUUUAGGCUCAGCAAUGGCCAGCAUCGAAAGCCUCCACCACUUCAAAGAGGAGGGAGGAGGUGAGGGACUACUCCCUGCAAUAUUCAGGGUGAAGGAUAUGGAGGAGAGCAUGGGGACCAAAGGGUAUGCUCCCCUCUCUGAAGCUCACUGCCCUACAGAUUCACUCUCAUCGCUGUUGUGUUCAGUGGAACAGCUGCAAGGCAGCUACAACUGGGAGUACCUACUGGACUGGGAACCACGUUUUCAGAGUCUGGCCUCCGUCUUCACAGAUAUCGGGAUGCUCCCCGAUGAGGAGCUACAGCUGGGCCGUGAGGACUUAGCAGCAGAAUCGAGCUCUCUCAUGUACCCACCACCUCUAAUAACAGGAGUGGCUCAGCCUGGCAUCAGGAAUGUUCCGCCACGAAAGCUGGGGCGUGUACCAAGUCUUGGCAGGAGGCCUUCUCAGCGCAAAUAUGCGUAUUCACCGUUAGCCAGGAACACAGGUCUUACACCUUCAGCCAUGACACCAUCCUUUACCCCAUCACUGUCUUCACUUACCAUGAGGACCCCCACUGCUUCUCCAGUUGUCUCUGACACUGGGGUGGGGGGGAUCAGACUUGACACAGGACCGCUCACUGUAAGUCUAUUGGAGGCAGAAAUACAAGUAUAGACAGGGGUACCUGUCACAUCAGACGGUAGUAUCUUAUGGGACUCCAAGGGACAAUGGACAGAUUAUGAUAGUAAUAAUUCAGGUUUACUGACAACAUUUUUAAAGAUAUGCAUAAAAAUGUCAGCCAUGGUAGAGCUAAAACAACAAAGUCCUACACAUAUCCCCAUCAUUGUCUCAGGUUUUUCAUAAUAUAUUCCGCCAUUAAAAUGCCUUUAAAAAUCACAUGAUGGGUGUAACUCAUUUAAUCCAUUCAGUGUAUCACAGUAUCUUCUGUAUUUUUCCAACUAGAAAUGUUGAGGCUAAUGAUCACAGAAAACUAACUGCUCUUUAUUUUACAGACAUACGAAACAUGAUUAUAUUGUCCUGGGAUUAUUCAUUUACUAUUCAUAAUCUUAUUAUAGUCUCUUUACAUCAGUAUUGCUCCUAUGUGUGUUGACUGAAAACUGUGGACACAGCACUUUAUGUCCCAUAGGCAGGGAAUUGUGUGAGUUUUCAUUUGAAUAAAAUUACAAAUUUCAAUAAAUUAAA